GAGUUGUUUGUUGAAACCAUAGCCAAAGAUGCUUACGUGUACGCUCAGCAAGGAAAGAGGAAGACUCUGCAAAGAAAAGACCUGGAUAAUGCCAUUGAAGCUAUUGAUGAAUUCGCUUUUUUGGAAGGUGCCAGAGCCAUCGACAGAGAGGAUAAGCAAGGGGACCUGUUUGCAGAGAGGGGCUGCUGCGGGAGGCAGAGCCAUUCCCUCCACAUCGGGCAGGAUGUCUCUGGCAGUCCUGUCAGUGUGGAUGUUGAAAAGUGCCAGGCCAGCUCCCUGUCCCCCAGCCUUGGCCUCCUGGGGCUCUCCAAACACUCCUCCAUGCUUGAUUUCCUUAGAAGCAAGAAGGUGAGAAAAGUGGAGAUGAUUGAUGGCUCUCACUGCAGCACGUGCCCUGAGGAAUGUCUCUGUCCCCCAGCUCUGAAAACCUUCUCUCCAGGCUCUCCCUGGGAGGUCACAGUUGAUGUGGGGAAAUGCUCUGACCUGACCUACAGAGCUGAUGCACUUUUCUGUGUUCCCAUGAAGUUCAACACUGCUCUAGUCAAAAACCCAUAAGGUGGGGAGAUGGUUCAGAUGCUGGAGAACUGGUGGAAUAUUCCCAGAAUACUUCUUACAAGCGUUGCCGUGCUGGUACCCAUUCGGGGUGAAAUUGAUGUGGGAAGGUGCUUGGGCAGCUGCUCCUCGGGGGAUCCCUGCUUGCUUAGGGAGUCACGAGGAGGAGAGAAAUGCCUGGUUUGGUCAGAAGCUGCAUCACAGUACGGCCUACACGCAUUCAGGAGCUGCCGAGGCCGCGUUCGCAGCGUCACUGCCAUCCAGCAGUGCAAGUGCAGGGGGUAG